AUGGCAGACGAAACAAUUUCUAAAAUUAAGAAAGAGAGAAAGAAGAAUUUUACCGCGAAGGAAGUAGAGGCCCUGGUAGAGGAGGUGGAGAAACAGAAGGAUAUACUGUUUGCGCCUCAUAAAGACGUCAACACCAAUCAGAAGAAGAAUGAGUGUUGGAAGAACAUUUGUUCCUUAAUAAACAGCAACGGUAUCCAGGAGAGGACGUCCGCUGAAAUCAUCAAAAAAUGGAGAGAUAUUUCAUCUCAAACUAAAAAGAAGGAGGCCCAAUACAGAAGGGAACUUGUGAGAACUGGUGGUGGACCUGCCCCUGCUCCUGUCAACUCAUCUGACAUCAGUCAAAAGGUUGUUGCAAUAAUAGGCAAGACAUCAAUAGAAGGUGUGGAAGGCGGGUUUGAUACAGAUGCUGUAAACGAGGUCGAUCUCUUUAAAGUAGAAGAUGUGUGGCUCUCGCCAGCUACAUCUACAUCUGAGCGAGCUGCCGUCCCAACACCACGGCAAUCCCCAGGUCCAUCUUCUAGUGAACAAGCCGCUACCCCAACAAUUCCUGAGGAUCCAGAGAAGCACCUUCAACCAGCCAAAACGAAAAAAGCAGCUUUAAAGCGGAAAAGAACUGUGGAAGACGUUUACGAUCUUCAGUGCCAAGUUCUUCAACAGGAGCUGGAGAAGAACAAGCUAGAGAUGGAGAGAGCUAGACUUCAAAUUAACAUUUUAAAGUCAGUACAGGAGAGAGUUGCAGCUGGGGAAGAAAAUAAUGUAUUGAUAGACUUGUUCUCCACCUUGAGUGGCUGA